UUGAUAUUCUUAGAUCACACUCUAGCAAAAUUGAAAAAUGUCGAUGGAAGAAAAGAAAAUAGAAAAUGGAAGUGGUGAUUUUGGGGAUAGUCAUAAGAGGCUCAACAUGUAUGCUUGUGCCUCUGUGGUAGCUGCCUCCGUUAUCUUUGCUCUAUAUGGAUAUGUUAUGGCAGUGAUGACCGGAGUUCUAUUAUUCAUAAAAGAAGAUCUUCAACUCAGUGACCUACAAGUGCAGUUCUCCGUGGGCCUGUUACACAUGUCUGCACUCCCGGCAUGCAUGACGGCCGGAAGAAUCGCCGAUUACAUCGGCCGCCGCUACACCAUCAUUCUAACAGCCAUCAUCUUCUUGGUGGGUUCAGUUCUAAUGGGCUAUGGCCCAUCCUACCCAAUCUUAAUGAUUGGACUCAGCAUUUCAGGGAUAGGACUUGGUUUCUCACUGAUUGUAGCACCAGUUUACUGUGCUGAGAUUUCACCUCCUUCUCAUAGAGGCUUCCUCACUUCAUUCCUUGAAGUUUCCACAAAUGCCGGGAUCGCGCUUGGUUAUGUCUCAAACUAUUUCUUUGGAAAAUUGUCAAUAAGACUAGGAUGGAGACUAAUGUUGGUUGUACAUGCAGUUCCAUCACUUGCAUUGGUUGCUCUCAUGUUGAAUUGGGUAGAGUCACCAAGGUGGUUGGUCAUGCAAGGACGUGUAGGUGAAGCUAGGAAAGUGCUUUUACUAGUGUCAAAUACAAAGGAAGAAGCUGAGCAACGUUUGAAGGAAAUAAAAGUAGCUGUUGGGAUUGAUGAAAAAUGCACACAGGACAUUGUUCAAGUUCCUAACAGAACUCGCAAUGGUGGAGGAGCUUUCAGGGAAAUGUUCUGCAAACCUACACCUCCUGUUCGUAGGAUACUAAUUGCGGCUGUUGGAGUUCAUGCGUUCCAGCAACUCAGUGGUGUCGGCGCGAUCUUGUUAUAUUGUCCAAGAAUCUUUGAGACAAUAGGAGUCACUGAUCAGAGCAAGAUGUUGCUUGCUACAGUUGGAAUGGGGCUCAGCAAACUUGUUUUUGCAGUCAUGUCAGUUUUCUUGUUGGACAGAGUUGGGAGGAGGUUGUUGUUGUUGAUAAGCUCAGGAGUUAUGGCUGUGUCCCUUUUAGGAUUGGGUAGUGUCUUGACCUUGGUGGAGAACUCUAAUAGGGAAAAUCUUGGUUGGGCACUAGGGUUUGCCAUUGUUGCUACCUACACCUAUGUGGCUUUUAUGACUAUUGGAAGUGGGCCUGUGACAUGGGUUUAUAGCUCUGAGAUAUUGCCCUUGAGGUUGAGAGCACAAGGUCUUUCUAUCUGUGUGGCUGUGAACAGAAUUAUAGACAUGACAAUGGCUACUAGUUUCAUUUCAAUUUAUAAAAUGAUGACCAUGGGUGGAACUUUCUUUAUGCUUGCUGGUAUCAAUGUUGUAGCUUGGAGUUUCUACUAUUUCUUCUUGCCUGAAACUAAAGGAAGAUCAUUAGAAGACAUGGAAACUAUCUUUGGAAAACGUUUCAAGCCUAAUUGCAACAAUGGAGCCUAGUUUCAACAUGUAUAGCUGUGUUUUUCCAGCUUGGGUUCUCUCCAGCACAAUCCUGUCCAGCCUCCCUCUAGAAAGUUUAUGGCCAUUGAUUCAUAUAUUUUGAUGGCGGAUAUUUGUGUAUAAAAAAUAUCACUAAAAACUUUUAAUGGCUGAUUUACACUUACAGGAACCUCGUGCGGCCGAAGAAGAUCCACACUCUUGUGUUUUUCUUCAAAUAAGUGCUUUUUUAAUAAAAACUAAAUUGAGACUCACGUGUUUGGUAAGAUUCUUUGAAUGAAUGUUA